GCCACCGGUGGUGCCCCGGAGGCCAGUGCUCCAGCGGGCCCGGACAGCGCCAGAGGCGCAGUUCGAGGUGCCCUUCGCCCGAGAGCUGCUUAGCACGGAGGAGCCUUUCGCGGCAAUAGAGGACGUCGCCCCAACUUCACCCGUGACCGCUGCCAUCGAGAGGCAUCGAGGCUCUGAGCCUCAAGUGGCGGUGGUGCGUCGGGUGGCCUUGGGCCGCCCAGCCUCGGCGGGUGAUCUCCGAGCGGUGAGCCAAAGCACCACGGGCACGAGUCGACCACAGCUAAGAAGGGCGCAGACGACAGACGUGGACACAAUCGAGAAGGUGGACGUGCAGCUGCGGCGAUUGUCGCGAGAGGAGUUCGAUCAACGCAGAGCCAACGCAGUCAACUACUUCAAGGAGUCCACGGCCAUCAAUCAGCUCAGUCGCUUCUCCGAGGCUUCCGCGGCCCUCGAAGCUGCCCGCAGACGUCGCGCCAGUGACCGAGCAGUAAAGCCAGUCGCGGUUCCAGAAGUUUUGGAGGAGCCUGUGCCGGCAGAAGCACCGACUGUUGCGCCUCCGCCCCGCCGCCGGAGCUUUGCAGAGCAAUUUGGAUAUGGCGUGAUUCUGAAGACCACGCCGACCGAAAGACAAGCACAAGUCUUGCCCGAGCCACCCAAGCCCAAGAUGAACGGUGCCUUCAUUAGCCUGAUGGCAGGGGACACCGAUUUACUUCGGCGACUUGAGCGACGACGCCGUGCGGCGUCACUGGGUGCCUGA